AUGACUGCAGAAAGCACUGAAAGGGUGGGAAGCCAUUCCAGCUCUCAAAUCGAAGGUCCUACAGAACUAUUGCCAAUCACCUCGGCACACUCCAAUUCCCCUACAAUCCAGGAGUUAGAGGAAGACGAAAAAGGCCAGGAUACCAAUGUUCAAAGCACGACAGAGGAGCCAAUAGGGAAACGCAAUUAUUGGAGACGCUUUGUCGAUAUCGUUUCAUGGACACCGCCGCGAUGUCGAUGGAAUACCGAGAACCCGAGCAAAUUCGGUUUGCCUCUGAACCUCCUGUUCGCAUGCUCAGGGACCUUCACGGUUGCCAAUCUAUACUAUUCACAUCCCAUUCUUGAUGUUCUCGCUCAAUUCUUCAACGUCUCGCAUGAGCGAGUAUCAUUGAUCCCAACCUGCAGUCAGGCUGGAUAUGCGACGGGAUUAAUCCUUCUUUGUCCUCUAGGGGACUUAGUUCGCAGAAGGCACUUCGUUCUACUAAUGACGCUUAUCACUGCAGUAUUGUGGAUUGGUAUCUGUAUCACCAACUCAUUCGAGGCAUUUCUUGUUUUAAGCUAUCUGUCUUCGGUCACGACUGUUACUCCACAAAUCAUGCUCCCUCUCGUCGGAGAUCUCGUCCCCCCAGCCCGUCGCGCAACAGCCCUAUCAAUCGUGUCUUCGGGGCUCGUUCUGGGCCUUCUAUUUGCCCGCCUGCUCUCAGGUAUAGUCGCAGAGUACUCAAGCUGGCGAAACAUCUAUUGGCUAUCCCUUGCCCUCCAAUUUCUCAUUUUCGCCCUUCUAUGGCUAUUCAUGCCCGACUACCCAUCAACAAAUACCGACAUCUCCUACUUCAAAAUCUUAUACUCCAUCAUCGGAUACUACUGGACAUCCCCGGUGCUUGUCCAGGCAACUCUCAUGGGAUUCUUUCUCUCGGCCACUUUCACCAGUUUCUGGACAACCCUCACAUUCCUUUUAUCGGGCGAUCCCUACAACUACCCAACCCUGACAAUUGGACUAUUUGCUCUGGCAGGCCUCACACCCAUGUUCCUGGGCCCACUCUACUCACGCUACAUGAUUGAUAAAUUCGUACCGCAAUUCUCCAUUCUCGUCAGUCUCGGCAUUCUGAUCACCGGCGUCAGCAUCGGUACAUAUAUCGGCAAAUUUAGUGUCGCGGGUCCGAUUAUCCAAGCUGCGCUGCAGGAUUUCGGUCUGCAGAUGACGCAAAUUGCCAAUCGCGUCUCGAUUUACAGUGUUGCACCCAAGGCGCGGAAUCGCAUCAACACGGGAUACAUGAUGGGCGUGUUCUGCGGUCAGCUCAUGGGUACUUCUGUUGGGAAUCGUCUCUACAGCCAAGGAGGAUGGAUUUUGUCGGGAAGUGUCGAUCUGGCGUUUAUUGGAGCGGCAUUGCUUAUUUGUCUUCUUCGUGGUCCGGCUGAGAAGGGUUGGAUUGGAUGGCAUGGUGGCAUUCGCAUCCGAAGAACGGAUGCUUGA